UUUUUUCAAUAAUAGAUUUUUUUGCAAAUAAAUCAAUUGUACCGUUAGAAAAAGGAUUUGAAAACAGCAUUAAUUUAGCAUUUAAACAAUAUGGGACUUUUACGAAAAGGGAAGAGUUCGAAAAAAUUAUCGAAAAUUAUUAUUUUAAUAAUUUUACUAAUUAUGUAAAUAACAAUUACGAACAACAUUACAAGUUAUUGAAAAAUUUGACAAAAUUCGUUAGCGACAGUAUGUUUCUUUAUCCUGAUGAAAUUUUAAUGAAUAAAUUAGCCAAAGUAACUGAAACACCUUUCUAUCGUUAUAAAUUUGGAUAUCGUGGUACAAUGAAUAGAAUUUAUUUGGCAUUUGGUUUAAAAGAAAAUUUCGGUGUUGGACACAGUAAUGAACUUCUUUAUUUAUUUAAUUAUGGCUCUUUAUUUAAUAAUAUUUCACAACAUGACGAGCAUAUUGUAAAUGUUAUGAUAGACUUGUGGACAUCUUUUGCCAUAGUUGGAAAACCGUCUAGUAAUUCAUUGAAAAAUUCAAACCUUUGGCAACAAUAUAUAAAUAAUCAAUCAUUUCUUCAGAUUGGAAAUAUAAAUGAUAAUAUGAAUCCGACGAUAACAUUUGAAAAUAAAUUCGGAACAACACGUUUAGAUUUUUGGAAACAACAUUUUCCUGUUGAUGUUUAAAAUAUAGUGUUUACAUCCCGUGAUAUGUAUUUUAUAAACAUUAAAAAAUGUAUUUACAAUAUGAAUCAAUAAUUAUCGUUAUAGAUUCAAAAAGGGUAUUCCCGUGUCUAUAAUAAACUAACAUUACGUGAAGCAUGAGUUAGAAAAGGACAGGUAUAUAUGUGUAUCCUUUUCUAUUUCAUGCAUCUCGUUUAUAAACUAUUGUGCGUUGGCCUUAAUCUUUUAAAGUCGGAGAACAUUAGGGCCAACGCACAAUAGCUUCGCGAACGGGAUGCAUGCGUUAGAAAAGGACAGAGAUAUAUUUGUGUUCUUUUCUAUCUCAUGAACCACCCCACACACAACACCGAUAAUUCCCUGAAGUUUCAAGGCCUUUCUCCAAUAGGAUCCUAAACUCUUGCGUUGCGUAUGCAUUGCGUCGGUUGCUAUUGGCAACCAAUGCUAAAAUCAACGCGUCAGUCACGCAACGCAAAAGUUUAGGUUCCUAUUGGAGAAAGGCCUUCAAUGAAUGUUUUUAGGUUAUCUUGGGAAAGUUCCAUCUCCGCGUUCAGAAAAGAUGGUUUAAAUCUUAAAAUGUCCGCAUGUGAGCAAAUGUUUAAAGCAAAACUUGACUGAAUAUGUAAAUUACAUUUUCGUUAAAUGUUAAAUAAUCUCUGUUCUAUUACUAAUCCUUAGCUGCCUAAUACGUUUCAUCAAAUGUAGCAAAUAUCUAUUAGCUGCUAUAGCAAAUAACUUUUUGUAUCAACUAAAUUGUUAUCAUACAAACAGCUAAUUGAUUUUUUUCUUUUCAACAAAUUAA